AUGCGUCGCGGCGGGCGUCCGCGCCGCCCGAGCCCAGGAAUGGGGCGAGCCGUCUUGGCGCUCAUGAUGGGCGCGCUGCUCGGGCAGCACAGCGGCAGCAGGGCCCUCCUCGCGGACCACGCACCGGCGGUGACGCUCUUCAGGCACCGCCGCUGCCGGCCGAGCCUGGCCAUCCACGAGGGCACCCGGGCGCCGCCGGCGUUCCUCAUCGAGCUGCCCAAGUUAGCGGCCGCGCUGCACAGGUAG